UCAUGGCAGGUGGACCGCGGUGGAUUGAGAAGCUACCGGUUAAGAUCUGUAAUAGCAAACCAAUUCCUAAACAUACAUGUGUAUAUUGUGAAAGAGAGAGAUCUGAUUGAACUAUUGGCUUUUGAAUAUGAUGACAGAAAGAAUUUUUAACCGAAAUCAUGCGUUUACUAUGACCGCAAUGUUUUCUGGAAGGUUAUAUGGACUUGUGUCUUGUUCGGAUGAUUAAAAUCGAUCAAUAUAGAAGACUCGGUGUUUGCUUUUCGAUAGGAUGGUGUAAAUCUUCAGCGAAGAUUAAAUAUAGUCUGUGACCCAUGUUCCCAAUAUCCUUCAUUUGGUAUUAUUUGUGGCGUUCCUGCAAAAUGCCCAUUUAAAUUUGCUGUUUGUUCUGAAUAAGUUUGUAAAAUUACUUCAAGAUUUUAUAAAGUUUUUAAAAGAAUAUAAAUUUACGUAAAUAUCAUAAUUUCUAUUUUUGUUUGUGUAAAAAUUAGUGCAGUUAGAAUUCCCUAGAACGAAAAUUUUAUUGAAUAAUAUUCUCUGCGGCUAAUCGAGAAAUAAUCCGAAGCUGCAAAUGAAGUUAAGCAGGUAUCAAAAUAUAAUGAACUCUAUAUAAUAAAAAAUGCAUUUGCAUUUUGAAAGAACUAACUCAACGAGGACGGAUUGCGCGAUUUUAAGUUUGACAUGGAUGGGAAAAGUACCAGACGAUUUGCCGGACGAAGAUGGAUGGAAAUUGAAUCGUGUGCAUUAUUAUCAAGACGGUUGGUUAGCUACUGGAAAUGCCAGAAGCAUUGUAGGAGUUACAUUUACAUCUUGCCAUAACAGGAAAAUUGCUGACCUUCCAUUGAGAUCCAACUAUAAUUUGAGGGGACAUAGGGCAGAGAUUGUCUUAGUCAAAUGGAAUGAACCCUAUCAAAAAUUAGCAUCCUGUGAUAACACUGGAACAAUCUUUGUGUGGAUUAAGUAUGAAGGAAGAUGGUCAAUUGAAUUAAUAAAUGAUCGCAGUAUACAAGUCACGGAUUUUUCAUGGAGUCAUGAUGGUCGUAUGGCCCUCAUUUGUUAUCGAGAUGGAUUUGUUUUAGUUGGUUCAGUUUCUGGUCAGAGAUACUGGUCCUCAAUGCUCAAUUUGGAUGAUACCAUCAGUUGUGGGAUUUGGUCACCAGAUGAUCAGCAGGUUAUGUUUGGCACAUCUGGUGGCCAAAUUGUUGUUAUUGAUGUUCAUGGAGCUAUUGUAGCCCAAGUUAACUUGCAGUCUGAAUCUCCAAUAGCAUCAAUGGCUUGGUCUUGUGAAAAAUUCAAAAUGGAUGAAUCUUAUGAUGAUGAUCGUCACAGUUUUGGCUAUCCAAGCAAAGAAGACAAAAGCUGUGUUUCAUCAGUUUGUGGCGAUACUAAAGCAUCUAUCUUAGCUGUUUGUUUUGCAAGUGGCACCAUCCAUUUAAUGAAAAGCUAUGACGAUCUGUUACCUACUGUGAUUGAAACUAAUCUGAAAGGUAUCAAAAUGGAAUGGGCAAACAGUGGUGAGUUACUAGCUGUUGCUGGAAUGUCAGUUGAUUCUUCUGGUGGAAAUUUUGUUAACAUGCUUCACUUUUACAAUGAAAAUGGAGUACUGCGUUUUGUUAUUCCUAUACCUUGUACCCAAAGUCCAGUGACUGCAAUGACCUGGGGACAUAAUGAUAAGCGUCUUUUUGUAGCUACUGGAUGCAUCAUUCAUGUAGGUUGGGUGACACAAAAAAUUGCUUCUCUUCAGUUAUUAGCUCGACUUGCAACUUAUGGCGCUUUACAGAAUGAUGCCUUAAUCCAGAAACUGCCAUUGCCUCAAAGACUUCGGGCUCUGAUUUCUCAUCUGACAAUGCAAACCAUCAAGUGUCAUCUCCCUGAUCCACAUCAUUUGCGAGAAUUUGUAUCCAAACCACCAUCAAGUGACAUUCGCUUUCACUGCACCAUGAUAAGACAUGAGGAUGAUGAUAUGACUAGCAGUGCAACCUAUACUAUGUUUUUGGAAUAUUUAGGAGGUCUAGUGCCUCUUCUCAAAGGCAAGAGAGUCAGCAAACUGAGACCAGAGUUUGUGAUUUUUGACCCUCAAUCUCUUGAACCAGGCCUACCUCAUCCAUUGUACAGGGUUAAGGACUGUCAGGCACAUGCAUUUCCUCCAGCACAACUCAAUACUUGCUUAGCAAUCGUUCCAUUAUAUAUUCCAACAUCCUCUUCUGACAGUGAAGUUGAAGAAGGAUGUGCUUCUCCUCGAAUGCAACGGCGUAAACGUAGCAGGCGCCAUAAUCAUGGUAGAGCAGAAACUGCUUGGAGAGAGAUAAUGUAUAUUGAUGAGCUACCAGAGAGCGAAAAAAUUGUAUCUGUUACUUCCAAUAUCUGGGGAACCAAAUUCAAAAUCCUUGGUCUUGUUCCAUGGCUUCCUUCUGUUCUUGGCACCGUAACCUACCGAACAAGUUUACUCCACUUGCAACCUCGCCAGAUGACACUAUUGAUGAAAGAAUUAAGGGGUCCUCAACCACGUGAGAGUUGCCCUGCAGGACCUGAUGGGAAAACAGCUUCCUCAGUAGUAUUCUCUGAGGAUGAAGAUGAUCCUGGGGAUACUACUUAUGAAGAUAGUAUACCUAUUGCACCAAUGACUCCAAAGAAACAACAAAGAAAUGCUACUUUUCGUUGUCACUUGAAUCAAGAACAUGAACAAAAUGGUGUUUUUUCUAACUGCAACAAUGGAGAUUAUGUGAACUUCAUUCCUUCUGAAGAGUUCCUUACUUUUGAAAUCACAGGAGAAAAAGGAGUGCAUGUUAUUAGUCUCCAACGUGCAGAAAGCAGUAGUGUUGUAUCUGUGGCAACACAAACUAGUGUCUCUUGUGUUCCAGACUUACAGCCUGAUCCUGUUCUGUCUACCAUUCCAUCCAGCUCAAAUGGCUCAGGGUUAUUCUUUCCAGGAAAGAGUUUAGAAAAAACUGGUGAUGAAUCAAAGUGUUUUGCCCAAGCUACACCUGUUUCUCAAAUAAAAGAAUGGACAUCAGUUGGAGGGAGUUCUCUGGAUUUAGACUUUAGUGAAGAUUUUACAGCUGCUAGUAGUGAUUCUUCUAAGGAUGUUUCAGCACAGAACAGCCUAUCUGAAAAUGAAAAUUCCAAUCUUUCUUCUCAAUCAAAUUCUAGUACUUCUGUAGAUAGUAAAAAUGUGUCUUGUUACGUGAGUGUUGCUUCCUGCAGUUCACAGCCUGGUGGUUUAAUACUGGACAGUACAUUCAGAAGUAGCUUACAAUCUCCAUUAGCAACCAGACGAAUCAUUGAAGUUAAUUCCAACUCUUGUAAUAUUCAAAAACCUUUUUGUAUAUUACCAUCUUCAUUACCUAUCCAAAGUCUGCAAAGUAAUGAAUCUCAUAGUGGUGCCACAAACUCAAAUAUUUCUCCAAAUCUAGAAAGUUUUAGUCAGAUUUCUAAAAAAAAUCUAGAUAUGAAAUUUAUUGAUGAUCCUGAAACACCUUGUUGUGAAAAAGUUUCUUUUCCAAAUAGUCAAAGUUCCUCAUUAAUUGUGAGUAGAAGUCAUAGCGCCAAUCAAUUACAUGCUGCUGAGUUUACUAAUGUCCGUGAACGCAGUGGUACUUCAUUCAAAGGCUCAUGUCGCCGACUAACUCUAAAACCAAAACCUCCUUGUGGAAAGAUGCACUGUCAUGAGUGUAAUGAAGGAGAGAAAACUUGUGAUAGCCAGUCAUGUGAUGCCAGUGGUGUUUCUGUGGGUGAAGAAGGAUUUUUUGAUAUUGCAUGUUCCUGCCCUAUUGAAAAAAAGCCUGCAGCCAAUCCUGUGCAAGUUUCUGAAAAUACUUCUGCAAAAUCUGGAACAAAAAGUAUACUGAGAAAAGAUUUUUAUAGUUGUGAAGAUGUUAAUAAAAUCUCAGAAGCUGUAAAAAAACUCAAAUGUCUAAAAAAUCUAGAUCAAGGCAUUGCAAAAUCAGAAAACUCAAGCCCCGUCCGGCAUGGGAGUGAAGUGCCAAGUGAAAGUACUGAUCUGUCAACAUCAUCCUUUCUGCAGGAACACCGGGCUAGUUAUCUACAAGCAGAGGAUACUAGUGAAAUGUCUGAUUCUUCGACUACAGUGAGUCGAAGCAUACCAUCAUCACCAGUUGUGACACGUAAGAAGAACCAAAGACGUGGUUUAUUAUAUAGUCCUUUAUUAUUAAGGAAAAUGCGUCGACAGAGGUUGGUUGACAGUUCAGAUGAAGAAGGAGCGUUUAGUGGAGAUGAUAUGGCAGGAGAAAAUUUUAAAGAUCUUGAAAGCUUUCAGAAGGCAUACAUACGCAGAAAGUUAAAAAAACGCUGUGGUAGAACUGUUACAGACAGUGUUCCGGCCAAUGGUAAUUUGCCUCCAUAUCGAGAGUUCGUCCUUCAUAAUAAAGCCCCUCUGUGGAAUGAAGUUAGCCAGGUAUAUCAGCUUGACUUUGGUGGGCGAGUAACUCAGGAGUCUGCAAAGAAUUUUCAGAUCGAGUUUCAUGGCAGACAGGUUAUGCAGUUUGGUCGUAUUGAUGGAAAUGCUUAUACCCUUGAUUUUCAAUACCCAUUUUGCGCCCUCCAAGCAUUUGCAGUAGCUCUUGCCAAUGUCACUCAGCGACUGAAGUAAUCAUCAUCAUCAACAUUAUUAAUUCAUCAUUCUUUUCAUAUUCCAUAGAAAAACUCAUCGAUCUUGUUGAGGUAGAAUGUCAUAGUAUUGUUAGGUUAAACUGAUAAUUUAACCUUAUUAUGUUGCAUGUAUGUUUUUAUAUGACUGUGAUAGAGCCUCAUCCUUAUAAAUUUUAUUUGUAAGCAAUCAGAUAAUUUAUACUUUAAAUAUACAGGGGUUAUUUUAAUUUAUUUGUAAAGUAUCUUAUGUUAAUUAACCAGUCAUUACGAUUUAAGUCUUUACUAUAACUCCUCCUUUCUAUAUGAAUUAGUCCAGAAUGCAAAUUAGUUUUGUGUGUCUUUAAGCUGAGUGUUUUGAAUCUUUAGUUUGGCCAGAGAGCUUCUGGCUGUUCUGUCUUGCUGUUAGUAUUUUUUUACCAUCUCUGCUUGAGAGAGCACUCUUGCUAGUUAAUAUUUUAAAUUACAUGCCAGUAAAAUGUCUGAGCCGAAUUCUAUCUUAUAUGUAGUCUUAAACUUGAAUUUAAUUAUCUAUUAUGUUAGGUUGUAUAUCCACAAGCGGUAGAAAUUUCGUUCAUAGCUGUACCUUUAUGUUCAAAUUAAGAUUAAAUUUAAAAAAAAAAAAAAAGGUUAUUUAAAUCUUUUGUAAGUAGAAUAGAAGAGAAAUGUGCCAAUGUGACAAUCAAAAUUUCAAUAACAACCUUGUA